AUGUGUGUCAUUAAACAAGCAAAUUUUGAACAAAAUCAAGCUGCUGAUGGAGGCGCCAUUUGCUUCUUUCGUUCAAACUCAUAUCUUGAAGGUGAUCAAUCAGAUUACAAAUUUUAUUUGAAUAAAGCAUUCAGAUCCGGUGGCGCUAUCUUUUGUGAAGGAUUUACUUUACCCGAUCAAAAUAUUAAUAAAUAUAAUUUGUUUAUAUUCGAUUACGCAUUCACAAAUAAUACUGCAUACCAGACAGGAUGUGCUAUUGCUAUUGAGAGUGAUUCAGAAAUUUAUUUCGAAAAUCUAAUUUUUCGAUACAAUCAAGCUGGUGACCAAGGUGGUGCCAUAGCUUGUUAUAAUUCCAAGUUAAGCGUCUUUAAAUGUGCUAUUCAAGCAAACAUUGCUGGAAAAGGCCUUAUUAGAGAAGAUACUUUGAAAUUAUCAGCAAUGGAAGGUAAUUUUGCCCUUAGAUUUAGAGGUAGAGGUUGUGGUGGUAUUUCAUUCAUAUCCACUGAAAAAUCGCGUCAAUUUAUUUCUCAAGAAAACUGUUUUUAUAA